UAUCAGUCGCGCCCUCCCCCUGUGAGAGUACGACCCCGUUCCAUUCCUUUCUCCUUUUCACCUUCCCUUUCCAUUUCAUUCCUCUUUUUAUCCUGAUUCAUUUGGUCUUUAUCUCAUUCCAUUUGGAUUCCUAUUUCCCCUUUUUCAUAAAUCUUUGGUUAUCCUGUUAUUAUCAUUAUAUCACCGACAAGGCUCGGGUCGGGAUGUACUGGCGCACUAUAUCUAGCGUAAUCCUGCCGUAAUCCCUUAAAGCCAAUAGCCUCGCGUGGCUAUACGCAUGGUGAUUCUAUUUUCUAGAAGGGUCUAUUCCCUUGGGAUAGGAUCAACCUGGUUGCCUGAUGUACUUUGAAGUAUAAAAGCACGUUGUAUCAAUCGAUACUUCGGGGAGCCACGGUAUUUUCAAAACUAGAUCUGCGGUCCGGAUACUGGCAAUACGAAUGGCGGACGAUUCUGUUCACAAAACUGCUUCCGAACUCGGUACGGAUCGUACGAGUAUCUGGUGAUGCCGUUCGGACUCACCAACGCACUGCAACGUUCCAAGCAGAGAUGAAUCAUCUACGCCCACUCUUGGACGAAUGCGUGGUGGUGUACCUGGAUGACAUCUCAUCUACUCGCGCGACAUGCAACAAACGUCGAACACUACGACGCGUCUUCGAAUUCUUCGACGAGAACGCUUCUACGUCAAACUAUCCAAGAGCGACUUCGCCCUCGAGAAAGUCCAAUUUAUCGACAUAUCGUAAGCGCUCAAGGAGUUCACGUCGACCCAAGAAAAUCGAAGCCGUGCGUACGUGGAAGACACCGAGAACAGCAGCAAGCAGAAAAAGGCGGGUCUACUCCAGCCUCUUCAUGUCCCAGAACAACCAUGGCAAGUGGUUAGCCUGGAUUUCAUCACCGGGUUACCACCUACCACCGGCGGUCAUGACGCAAUCCUUGUCGUCAUCGACAAGUUCUCCAAAAUGGGAUACUUCAUCCCGACACACACGACAACACGCGCCGAAGAAACAGCACAACUCUUUGUUCGCUACAUCAUCUCACAACAUGGCAUUCCAACCACACUCAUCUCCGACCGAGACCCCAAGUUCACCAGCAAGUUCUGAAAGGAACUCAUGUCUCUGCUCGGGACCAAACUCGCCAUGUCAUCCGCCUACCAUUCGCAGACAGAUGGACAGACCGAGCGCCUCAACCAAAUUGUGGAGCAACUCCUUCGCGCAGCCUGCAAGGACGACAUCUCCAAAUGGGACUUGCAUCUGCCCGUCCUGGAGUUUUCCUACAACAAUGCUACUCAUGCCGCUACUGGACAAACGCCGUUCUUCCUCUGUUACGGACGCCACCCACUCACACCUCAACAGCCAAACAUACCAGCCACAGUCCAACCCGCUCAUGAUUUCAUCACGACUAUGCACAAACUUUGGGAUCGGACCCACAAGCGCCUUCUCGACAUUCAGCAACAACAGAAGCGCCAGGCCGAUCGCCACCGCACAGACCACACCAUCAAUGUGGGAGAUCGCGUACUACUCGACAUGCGCAAUCUUGACACCAGCCAUCUCCCAUCCAAACUACGACCUCGCUUUUGCGGGCCUUUUCUCACCACUGCAGUGGCCUCAGCGCAGUCUCGUCAGGGUAGGGGACGCCGGGCCCCGGGGGGGCGUGGUGGCGGGACGGGUGGUGGGGGUGGCGGGGGUGGCAAGGGUGGCAGAGGUGCUGGAGGUGGUGGAGGGGACGGUGGUGCAGACGAGGGGAUUGGGGCUGGCGUAGGACCCCCUGCCUUGUUUAGCCUGGGC